AUGAAUCCUCUCACUGACAAAAUGAAAGGCAAGAUGACUAUUGUUGAAGAAGAAGAACCUCCUCUAAUCCUUGAUGAUGUAGAAGUUCAAAAUGACAAUUUGGAUACAGUGUUAGUUGCAAGAGUUCUUACUACCAAAUCUGUCUUUUUAUCAACUUUCCAAAAGCAAAUGAAAGACCAUUGGAAUGGUAGAUUCCACACCACAAUUACUGAAAAACCACCUGAUUUGUUUGUGCUUUCAUUCGGAUGUGAAGGAGACAAACAAAGGGUUCUUCUGAAGGAGCCCUAUCACUUUCAAAACCACCACAUAGUGUUGUAUACAUCAAGUGUUCUGCAAAAGGUCACUUCUGAUGAUCUUAUCUUUUCUCCUUUUUGGGUCCAAUGUUAUAGACUGCCUUUCCUAAGGAAGUCUAGAACAUUAGCUAAAGCAUUGGGAAACAUUAUUGGUGAAUUUUUGGAGGUUCACGAUGAUUCUUUGGAAGAAGGAUGGGGUCCUUUUCUUCAGUUCAGAGUCACACUCAAUGUUACCAAACCAUUGCUAAGAGGUCGAAACAUACAACUAAAACAAACAAGGGAUCAAUUCUAG